CUUACAUUGUCCCACCUCCCAAUUAACAUGUUGCGAAAUUCCCCUCCUUCAGAAAACUGAUCAGUCUGAUCCGGCCCGUCAUUAGGCAGGCAAUACAGAAAGCCUAACAAAUUCAUAUUAGCGGCAACUAUAAUCGGGAAUAAAAUUGAAAAAUUAUCAAUCUUUAUUUCUAUCGAUUUUCUUCGUGCUGGAAAACCUAAGUUCCAAUUCAAUUUUUCAGAUUUCAAAUCAUUAAAGACAGCUGGAAUUAAGAAACAAAAUUCGGGAUAACUAUUUUCGGUUCUUCAUUAACGUUCGUGUAGAAAUAUUCAAAGAAGUUACCGGUACCCACCCACAACCGGACGGCCCACACCACGUCACCACCCACCCCUCGCCGGAAUCUCUUGCCAGUGGCCACUCCUCGCCGGCAUUGCCCUGGUGUUUCUGAGUUCGAAUCCCUAAAACCUAGUUCGCAAAUCCCUAAAUCGAAAGCUUUGUUGUGCUGCCUGCUGCUGCCGUGAAGUCAAGGCCACAAGGCCCACUGACGGCCACCGUGAAUUGUGAACACCACGAGACCAACCCACCUUCAAUCAAUUUCAGGUUGAAAGUUUAACUUCUAAGGUGCUUGCUUAGUUGUUUGAUUAUUAUUCAUGGAUGCCGACCGGUCUGGAUCCAGGCGUGAAAGAAGUGAAGAGAGGUAUCAGGCUGAUUCUCCGGCUCUAGAAGGAGCUUUUGAUGAUUCUGAAGAGUAUGAAAAGGACAAAUCUCGAGAAAUGAGCAAACAUGGGAGUAAGGAUAAGAAGAAAAGUCGAAAAGAGGAUAAGGAUCACAAAAGCAGGGACAGAGAUCGUUUGAAGACAAAGGAUGACUUUAAGGAAAGAGAGAUAGAGAAGGAUUUUGAGAGAGAAAAAAUAUCCACUAAGGAAAGGAGGAAAGAAGAGAGGGAGGAGCAUGAAAAGGAUAGGGCUAAAGAUAAAGGUAGGGAGAAAGAUCAUGACAGGGAUAAACAUAGAGGAAAGGAUUAUGAUAGAGAUGAAAAGGAUCGAGGGAGAAGAAGAGAUCGUGAAAAAGAGCGAGAUAAUGAGACAGAUAGUAAACGCAAUCGAGACAAAGAUAGAGGAAAAGAAAAAAACAAGGAGAAAGAGGAGAGAGACAAGGAGAAGGCAAAAGAUAGAGACAGGGGUAAAGAUAGAGAAAAGGAGAAGGGAAAAGAAAGAACUAGAGAUAGAGAGAGAGAAAGAGAUCAUGAGAAGAAUAAGGAUAGAGAUUUACAAGACCGGGAGCUAGUUAAAGAUAACAGUAGAGAGAAAGAGAGGGACAUAGAUCAUGAGAAGGAAAGAUCUAGGGACAAGGAAAAAAUGGGUAGACGAAAUCGAGAGGAUCAAGACUACAGUAGUAAGGAUGGGGGAAGAGACACUAAGACUAAAAAAGAAGGUGAUGAUAUUAGGGAGAAAGUGAACUUUGAGCACAAUAACACACCUGAUGGGGAAGACAUAGGUCUAACUAAGAAAGGGGAUUUGGUGGUGGACUCAUCAGUGGACCAUAAUCAGUCUCAAAUGGAGAUUGCAGACCGCAUAUUAAGGGUGAGAGAAGAAAGACUGAAAAAGAAAUCUGAAGGAUUCUCUGAAAUAUUGUCAUGGGUUUCCAAAAGUCGUAAGCUUGAGGAAAGGAAAAAUGCAGAAAGGGAAAAAGCUUUGCGAAAGUCAAAAAUGUUUGAGGAGCAGGAUAAUCUUGAUGAAGAUGAUGAUGAAACUGACACAAAAGUCAAUGAGACUGCAGAUGCUUUGGCAGGAGUCAAGGUUCUUCAUGGUGUUGACAAAGUUUUGGAAGGGGGUUCUGUUGUUUUGACGCUUAAGGAUCAGGAUAUACUUGCCAAUGGUGAUCUAAAUGAAGAUGUGGAUAUGCUUGAAAAUGUGGAAAUUGGAGAGCAGAAGCGUAGGAAUGAAGCUUAUAAAGCGUCGAAGAAGGGUACAGGAACUUAUGAUGACAAGUUCAACGACAUGCCUGGGGAAGAAAAGAAGAUGCUUCCACAAUACGAUGAUCCCACUGAGGACGAGGGGAUGGUCUUAGAUGCUGCUGGCCGGUUUACCGGUGAAGCAGGGAAAAAAUUGGAAGAGCUCCGCAGAAGGCUUCAGGGUCCAUCUGUGAUAAAUCAAGCUGAGGACCUCAACUCAUCAGUAAGAAUCUCGUCAGAUUAUUACACUCCAGAGGAAAUGCUUAAAUUCAGAAAACCCAAGAAAAAGAAAUCUUUGCGUAAAAAGGAGAAGCUUGACCUAGAUGCUCUUGAAGCAGAGGCAAGGUCUAUUGGUUUGGGUGCUUCAGAUCUUGGUUCACGAAGUGAUAGUAGAAGACAAGCUGCUAAAGAGGAAGAAGAAAAAAUUGAGGCUGAGAGGCGAAAGAGUGCCUACCAGGCUGCCUUUACAAAAGCAGAUGAGGCAUCAAGAGCUUUACAAAUAGAGUUGGAUGUUCCCACUGCGAAUGAGGAAAAUGAUGGUCUAGUUUUUGCAGACGAUGCUGAGGAUCUGCAGAAGUCACUUGAAAGAGCUAGAAAGUUGGCUUUAAAGAAGCAAAGUGAAAAACCCCUUAUUGGGCCUGAGGCUGUCGCGCGACUUGCAUCUUCAACUAUCAACAAUCAGUUGACAGAUAAGCAAGAUUCUGAGGAUGUGUCUGAUAACAAGGUUGUCUUCACUGAAAUGGAAGAGUUUGUUUGGGGUCUUCAGCUGGAUGAAGAUGUUCAAAGGCCAAAUCAAGAAGAUGUGUUUAUGGAGGAAGACGAAGCACCAAAAGUAUCUGAGGAGAUAAAGGAUGAGACUGGUGGUUGGACAGAGGUUGUGGAUUCUGGUAAAGAAGAACAGACCCAGAGUGAAAAUAAAGAGGAUGUUGUUCCCGAUGAAACACUUCAUGAAAUUCCUGUUGGGAAAGGUUUGUCUGGUGCACUUAAGUUGCUUAAAGAUCGAGGCACACUUAAAGAAACUAUUGAAUGGGGUGGAAGAAAUAUGGACAAGAAAAAGAGUAAGCUGGUUGGCAUCAUUGAUGAUGGACCUAAAGAGAUACAUAUGGACAAAAAAAAGGGUAAGCUCGUUGAUGAAGCCCCUAAGGAGAUACAUUUGGAGAGGUUGGAUGAAUUUGGAAGAAUUAUGACUCCAAAACAAGCUUUUCGGUUGCUUUCUCACAAGUUUCAUGGAAAAGGACCUGGUAAAAUGAAACAGGAAAAGCGAAUGAAACAAUACCAUGAUGAACUGAAAAUGAAGCAAAUGACAUCUUCACAGUCAGCAGAAAGAAUGAGAGAGGCACAAGCUCAAUUAAAAACUCCGUAUCUUGUUUUAAGUGGGCAUGUUAAACCUGGGCAAACGAGUGAUCCUAGGAGUGGCUUUGCAACUGUGGAGAAAGAAGUACCUGGAAGCUUGACACCUAUGCUUGGUGAUAAGAAGGUUGAACAUUUCUUGGGAAUCAAGCGGAAAGCUGAGGCUGGAUCCUCAGGCAUACCAAAGAAACCGAAAACCUGAUACGAUGUCCAAUGAUUGAAGAACUGGAUUUUCCACUUGGGAAUUUUUUCAAAUCUGGAAAGCCCCUUUUACCUGCACUGUGAGGUGAGAGAUUUUGCUCAUGUACUGAAUAUUGUAUAGAAGUAAAAGUCGCUGCUGGAUGAUCGACUUUUGACCUAAGUUUUGAACUGUUUUGUGUUAAUUGGUUCGAUAAUACUAUAUUUUUAAUUUAUUCUGUUUCAGUAGGUAAUAUAGAGCAAAGCAUGUGGAAGUGGUAGUAAGCUUAAAUUCUCCAUUCAGAUCCUUUGUCUUGAUGCACAAAUUUCAUCAGAUAUUACUUAUUAGCAUCCUAUGAUUGCAAAUUCUUUUGUCA